ACAAUUAAUAAAAGCUCUAACGUGAAGCAAACACGCCAAACUUGAACCCAGACAAAUCGUCAUUGUUGUGGAGGCGUUCAACUCCAACAGUAUCCAAAUAAUAUAUGCCUGCGCCCACUUCACAGUAACUUUUGACAAUCAACUUCACUGUCCAUUUCCUUAUUUCCCUCGCUGCCUGUUCACUUUUUCUCCGUCUUCCUCUUCCUUCAUCCCACCUGUGCAAUACCCACAAGCAAGGCAAAGCAGCGCGCUUUUGUUUCUGCCGCCAUCGCAUCUUUGCAGACAAACCUAAGCCGGCAGAAACGAUUGAGGACUCGAGACAAGAAGUGAUCAACAAUCAAUCAAUCAGUAAUUCGCCCACACUCUCGCCCGCAUUCUCACCCUCGCACAGUAGUCCAGUCGCGCAGUGCAGCACAGUGACAAGAAGGAGGCGAAGACCAAAGACCCAAAAAUGCGAACAACCUAAACCACGCACCACUCCACACCACACCACCACAUUCCCUACAACGACCGUCAUCAACAACGCGACUCAAGAUGCCACCACCUCCACCUCCUCCGGUCUCACUAGACCUCACCACCCUAACGACCCUCUACGAAACCUACAUCCACCCUCUCCUCCCCGCCCCAAUCCAAGCCAUAAUCCUCCCCAUCAUCACAACCGUCACAGCGCUCACCAACACCCUCGCAACAUGUCUGGCCGCCGCGUCGAACGGCGACAUGGUUUCUCUCCUCGCAUUUCUGGCGAUCUUGUACUUUUCGCUCCGGAUCGCAGAUUACAUCCGGCGCAGUGUGUUUGGGUGGAUUUGGUUUUUUGUGAAAGUGGGAUUGGUGUUGGCGGUGGUCAAUGCCGUUGUGUGGGUUAAUAGGUAUGGCGUUGAGAGGGCGUGGGGGGAGGUGGAGUGGAUUUUGGGCAUGGUAUGGGAUUACGUUGGUGGAAACAACGGCAGUACCGGUCAGGCUUACGGUGGUUAUGGUGGUGGUAUAUUCCAAGGAGGCCGUGGCUUUCCUGGUGGUAACAAUAAUGCCCAGGCUGGAGGAAGAGCGCAGGUGCCUUUUGGGAAAGGAAGAAAUCAAAAUCCAUGGAGUUGAAUGAAUUGGAUUUCAGUUUCUGGACGUGUACGACCAGACACAAAUGAUGUGGAAUUACGAGCAGCAGUCAAUCACAAUGGACAUUGCAAUUGCCACUGGCAGACUAAACGGCUGAGGGAACGAUGGAUGCAGAUAUUCCGGUCAACAGAAUUGUCCAGGCUUGUUUAAAUAAAUCACAAAGCAGGGUCAAAACGAGCCACCCAGGGCAUCUUGGUACGGCCCUCUACAGUGUCGAGCACAACAAACUCUGGCAAGCAAGUGAUGAACAUAAAAAAAGUAAAGUACUGCACUCAAAUACAGUCACAUUGCAUCCUGUCCAUGGUAUCUGUGAAACACACUGCCAGCACCUCCAACGCCGACGCUCGAAGCAAGAAACCAAACCACAUGGCAUUACCGAUGCUUGACCAAAUUGCCAGACAGUCAGCUCAAUCCUCCUCUUCCCAAUAUGGGGUCGAAUCUUCCGGCUCCACCUCUCUGGUAUCUUUGGGUUCCUGCGCUUCGUGAAACUGGAUGGCAUUGUCGAUAUAGCUCAGGAUAUCUCCCACACUCUCCUCGUCGUUCACGUCCAGCUGCAGAAAAGAUACCAUACUAAAAUCAUCAAUCAGCCUCGCCACGGCACGGUUGAGGCGUUUGAACGAAUCCCCGCUCAUGACCUGAUCGACUUCAUGUGGGUCGCGCACAUCGACUGUGUGUACAUGUUCGCCCGCGAUUUCGCCUCGUCCGGUGUCUUCCUCGUCGAGGAGGUUGGCUUCGGGAUCGACGAAACGCUUCAAUUCCUUCUUGGGAACCUGGUCCUUGACCAGAUCCAUCUUGGACAAAAUGUUGAUAUGCGGUAAUUCUAUCAUGAUCAUGGCGCUCAUGGCCGAGAGAGUGCCCGCGAAAAAUUUGGCCUUGUCAACCACAAAGGUCGCCUCUAGCAGAUAUGCUGCGCACAGACUGAUGUUCAAUGGGCCCAUUCUUGACAGAUACCUCACCAGCUCGGGCAGUAGAGGAAUAUGGGUGUAGAGUUCGAUUUGGCCGGGUAGAUCGAAGAUGAUGAGGUAUUCUUCCGACAGAGGCUCGAUGGCAGCGGAAAGGAAAUCGAGGUUUUGGAGCAGGAAUUCGAAGCAGAAGAUUAAGCCGCCGUUGGGGCCGAGUGACAUCUCUUCCAUCACAUCUUCUAGCGAGAUCAAGUCUUUGAUAUCCAGAUCUGGCUGGUAGGCAAAGUCGUUGGCAGCCGGAUCGAGAUUGACGUAGAAACAUGACCGACGGCUAUGCUGGAGAUGUUGAAUGAGGGCGGUACAGAAGGUCGUCUUGCCGGCGCCCGCUGGGCCCAUGACCAGACAGCCGAAUUUGGACAUGGUGAUGACACAGUAGGUAUAGGUAGGGAGUUACGCUGCGUGAGGUCGAGGGACGAAGUCAAUGGGAUGAAGCUGAAUAGCGAGGUGAACUCGAGAGUAUGAAAUCUUG